UAUAUUAAUUAAUUUAUGGCUUGUGUUAAAGUGGCUAAAUUACCAACUUCGUCCCAGUAAGCCCACAAAACCAUCCCUGAACCUGCCGUCUCCUCCCGCCGUUCCGUCGGCCACCGGUUUAGCACCAUUUUUUACGAUCAAAGCAUUUUCGAUCUGUGGUACGAUGUCAUUCAUGAAAGGUGAUUUGCUAAGCAGAACUAGAAGGCUUGUCAAAGGGUUAGCCAAAGCUGAACCUGUCUGGCUCAAAGCAAUGGAGCAGGCUCCGCCUGCAACAUUUCCUCGUGCUGAGAACAAACUGGAACCCAUCAGUCUACCUGAGGAUGUCUAUGUCAAGAAGUUCUUCCAGAAGUACCCAGAGUCUAAACACGAGGAUGCUAUUAAAAUUUCUGGAUUUGACCCUCCUCCAGCCCGAAUUUUCGGGUGGCGAGUGCUCGAGUUAAAGGGGCAGGGGGCCAGUGAAGAGGAAGCUAUGGCUGUUGCCGAUAUGGAAUAUCGUGUAGAAAAGAAAGCAAAAAAGAAAGCAUAUUCUCGAUUGAAGCAGAUUGCUCGACUUCAAGGGAAGAAACCACUUCCUAAUCCAUAUCCAAGUGCUAUCAAGGAGAUACAAGCUGAAGAAAGGAAGUUUGUGCGUGAUCGUUUCUAUAACCGAGACAUUCUUAAAAUUGUGGAGAAACUGAAAGAGGAGAGGCAAGCAGAGUUGCAAGACAGAAGAGGGGGAGGUGGAGGUGGCUGGUAAAUGCACAUGGUCUUUUUUCUAAUAGUUUUUCGUUAAGCUUUUUUCUUCAAGUGGUUAUACUUGGUAAUGUUAUGAUACUCUUUGUCCAAGUGGUUAUACUUGGUAAUGUUGUGAUAUCCUUUCCUCAUGUACUAGAAAAACGUUUCACUUCUGGUUUACGUAGUAGACUUGGAGAUCAUAUUCCAAUUAAAUUUGGAAAAUAAGUGAGUACUAUCUCCUGCCAAUGUUUCACAAGCGUUGCAACUGUUGUUUUUGAUUGCAGUAUAUCAAUUUCUUUUAUCUAA